GUGGUGGGGCGACGGAGAAUCGGAGAGGAAGGGAGUUUCUCGUGUGCACGCUCUUUGCGGGCGUACAUUUCACCAGUCGUGAACGCUGUCAGUGAGCGUCAGUCUCGAAGGAGUGGUCCUGCCGGUGUCCUCGUUCGCGUCAGGAUCCUCCUUUGUGCGAGGACGUCCAACGCUCCUCGCUCCUCGAAAAUUUUCCAAACGAUUCUCGCGCGCGAGUGAAUCUUCUCUCUCACCGACAAAUAGGAAAGAAAAAAAAAGACCGCGAUUUUCGAUUUCCUACGAUCCUGCUACGUCGAUCAUCCUCGUUGAGAAAACAAAUUUCUUUUAACCUCUCCUGUUUCACCACGUCUCGAAUAAUAUAUAUAUAUAUCUAUUUAUCCUGAAACGAAUCAGCUAGAGGAUCAAGGAGAGGAUCAAGGAUCAAGGAUCGAAGAGUGAUUGGAUGAAGCUCGAUCGAGGAAAAAGUGGAUGAUGGAAAGGAAAGGAGGAUAUGGAAGGAGACACGGUGUGAAAUUAGUGUGAGGGAAAGGCUAGGUGGUCGUUGGAAUCGAUGGACACUACUCGUAUCGGAAGAGAUCGACUAAAAAUAGAUCGCGUCGUUGUUCCGCUCCGCGCCAGCCUGCAAUUAUUCCGCUCGAAAAUCUCGCAACUCGCAAUUUUCCGCCGACUGUCGGCUGUCAUUUGCGCACCGCCGUGAAGCAUGAGCCGGCGAGGAGCCGUUGAAGGAACCCUUGGAAGGACGGUGAACCCCGCGUUUCGUUUAAAAACCGUGCACCGGCUGAGAUUCACGGCGGCCGGGACACGUGGCUCACCCGUGUGAUUUAUGCGACUGGGAACGCGCGGGUUUUUAAAGAGCGAGUUUUGACUCGGGGAGGCGACGUUGAAAACAAGAGGACAGGAAGAUCGAGGAGGAGACGCUCAUCGAUCUUCUCUCGGCAAACUAUCUGGACAAAUGCCAGAUAAUUCGUCUCCGAUUUUUUUCGUGUGACAAACCUGAGACAAUUUGAUUUGUAUUCGUGAAAUCGAAUACUUUUUGAUCGGUAAACGUGGUAAGUUCUAUCUAUCGAUUUGAGCAGAUAUUAUUCCUUUGAUCGUUAAUUUCGUGCAAACGAAAUCGAAAAGGUGAUUUCGUAGAGGUGAUUGGAGAUUCGAGUUAUAAGAUUCGAUACGAAUGAAAAGUGCAAGUCGAUGCUGGAAAAUGUCCAGCGCAAUGACUCAUACCCAAGGUCGUCUCACUGGACCAAACCUUUCUAACCGACGACCCGGAGCAACGGUCUGACGGUCUUAUAUCUUGUAUCUGAUUUAUCUGAUUUAUAAACGAGCAAAUAAUAAAAAUCUCGAAACAGAGGAAAUUAAUAAACAGGUUUAAUUCUUCUUCGUGUUCGAAGAAAGAAAGAAAGAAAAAUCCCAUUACCGUCCGAUUUCAUUGAUUUCAUAGAUUUAAAACUAAUAAAACGCUCUUCUGCUUCAUCUUUGUUGCUUCAAUUUUCUCGUGUCAAGGAUCUUUCGUUUAAAAAGUAAAUCCAUCCGUAAAAUUAACGAGAUAGCCUCUAAAAUAGAGACGAGAUCUUAGAGAGAUUCCAAGAAGAGGAGAAACUAGGAAAAACUAACUCUACUCCUUCAAACAAAUAUACUCAAACUUUUCGUAAGAAUUCUCUUUCGAAAAAAGAAUCGUUCUUGUACCUUCUUCGACUGGAAAAACGAGACGAGUUCUUAAGGAUUCUUUAAAAAAAAGGAAAGGGAAGAAGUGAAUCCAAACCAUGAAAGUGAGAAGUUAUCCCGGCAGAGCGGUGUUGGAGGAUCCAGAAUUACUGUUGGACCCUGACGCUACUCGGGGGAGGGCCAUGGAGCUUCUGUACGAGGCCAGUUGGCGAGAGUGCGGCGUGAACUGGACGACCGGCAACGGAAGGAGCAAGCCUCCGUCGAGGGAGGACGAAUACAGGCAGCCGUACGCCGAGGUGAUCUCCCAGCUCGAGGGUGUUCUUGGGGAUGGCCGCGUCGGAUGUUCAGCGAGAGAGGAUUCGGAGUCGAGGAGAUCGAGCAGCACUGGGACCAGUGACAGCGAAUCGAGCGAGCUGAACCAGCCUGGAAAUAACAAAGGUGGAUUUCUCAUACCGAGGCCGAGGCUGAUCGUACCGGUUCACACCUACGCCAGGAGACGAAGAACCGGCGCCCCUCCUCCGCUCAGGAGGCGACAGAUACGCGAAGAGGGGAAGGUCGAGGUGUCGCGUGAUGGUAAAUAUUUGAGCACGUUGGCACCAGGAAAGGUACUUGGCGAACUGGCAAUUCUCUACAACUGCAAAAGAACAGCUACGAUAACAGCGGCUACCGAUUGCCAGCUAUGGGCCAUCGACCGACAAUGCUUCCAAACCAUUAUGAUGAGAACUGGCCUUUCACGGCAGGCCGAAUACACGGAUUUCUUAAAGAGCGUUCCUAUCUUCAAGAAUUUGCCCGAGGAGACUCUAAUAAAAAUUUCAGACGUAUUGGAAGAGACUUUUUACAACAAUGGGGAUUACAUAAUCAGGCAAGGAGCGAGAGGAGACACAUUUUUCAUAAUAAGCAGAGGACAAGUCCGCGUCACGAUAAAACAGCCCGAUACACCGGAGGAGAAAUAUAUCAGGACCCUAAGCAAAGGCGAUUUCUUCGGUGAAAAAGCUCUUCAAGGGGAUGACCUGAGGACGGCCAACAUAAUCGCCGACGAUCCGGAAGGAGUGAGUUGCCUGGUGAUAGACCGUGAAACGUUCAAUCAGCUAAUCUCGUCCCUGGACGAAAUUCGUACACGAUACAAAGACGAGCUCGUCGAGCGUAGAAGGUUGAACGAGGAAUUCAGAGAUCUAAGACUGCAAGAUCUUCGACCAUUGGCCACUCUUGGUGUGGGCGGUUUCGGAAGAGUCGAAUUAGUUCAAAUAGCUGGCGACAGUUCGAGAUCAUUCGCUUUGAAACAGAUGAAGAAAGCCCAGAUUGUUGAGACGCGACAGCAACAACACAUUAUGUCAGAGAAGAGAAUUAUGGGGGAAGCUGAUUGCGAUUUCGUGGUAAAGUUGUUCAAAACGUUCAAGGAUAGGAAGUAUCUUUACAUGCUGAUGGAAGCCUGUCUUGGUGGCGAGCUUUGGACCGUUCUAAGAGACAAGGGUCACUUUGACGACGGCACGACAAGAUUCUACACCGCUUGCGUCGUAGAGGCAUUCGAUUAUCUUCAUUCUAGGAAUAUUAUAUACAGAGAUCUCAAGCCGGAAAAUCUCUUGCUUGACAGUCAAGGAUAUGUAAAACUCGUCGAUUUUGGUUUUGCCAAACGUUUGGAUCACGGAAGAAAGACGUGGACCUUCUGCGGCACGCCUGAAUACGUUGCACCGGAAGUUAUAUUGAAUAAAGGACACGAUAUCAGUGCCGAUUAUUGGUCUCUUGGUGUUCUGAUGUUCGAACUUCUCACUGGUACACCACCGUUCACCGGUGGCGACCCGAUGAAGACUUAUAACAUUAUUUUAAAAGGAAUCGACGCUAUAGAAUUCCCUAGAUCUAUCACGCGAAACGCGACUGCGUUAAUUAAAAAACUCUGCAGGGACAACCCAGCAGAACGUCUUGGUUACCAAAAGGGUGGAAUUAGCGAAAUACAGAAACACAAAUGGUUCGAUGGUUUUAAUUGGGAAGGUUUAAGAGCAAGAACCCUUGAACCUCCGAUCAUGCCGCGAGUUCAAAAUGCUACAGACACAACGAACUUUGACGAGUAUCCUCCAGAUUCAGAUCCACCACCACCUGAUGAUAUAUCCGGAUGGGAUAACGAUUUUUAGUCAAGAUCUAUUAAUAAUUCCUUUAACGAAAUUGCUCUUGAAAAAAAAGAAGUACGUGAAACUUCGAACCGUGUUCGACAAAUAGCGAAAAAAAAAAAAGUUGAAAGAUCGGUGGAGAAUGCGAGAAAUCAGCAUCUGCAUUUAUUCAAUAGGCUAAUAUGUGAUGCAUAGAUAACAUCGAUCGUCGAGAAACAUGAUAUGGAUAAAGACGAAACUGGUCUGUGAUAAAAGAAUCAGGCCAUUAAAAAGUAACUUUUUUUUUCAAAAAAAAAAAAAAUCCCCGUGUUCGUUACGUAAUCUAUGGAUGUAAAUGAUCGCACCGUAAUAU